UUUUUUACGCACAGAUUUUUUUUUUGUGGUUGUUGUUUGUUUUUGGUGCGUCUUGUCGGAGCUGUGCGACAAUCCAGCGGCGGAGAUGUCCUUCCCGCAGUUAGGCUACCCGCAGUACCUCAGCGCUUCCCAGGCGGUGUACGGGAGCGAGCGGCCGGGCGUGCUCGCGCCUUCGUCCCGGGGAGGGAGCACGGAGCUCGGAGGGAGUCCAUCCGCCACCGCGGCGGCCGUCACCUCCGUGCUGGGCAUGUACGCCAACCCGUACGCGCACAACUACAGCGCGUUCUUACCCUACACCAGCGCGGACCUGGCUCUCUUCUCACAAAUGGGGUCCCAGUAUGAGCUGAAGGACAGUCCAGGAGUCCAUCCUGCCACCUUUGCGGCCCACACGUCACCCGCCUUCUACCCGUAUGGCCAGUUCCAGUACGGAGACCCCGCCAGGCCCAAGAACGCCACCCGGGAGAGCACCAGCACCCUGAAGGCCUGGCUCAACGAGCACCGCAAGAACCCGUACCCCACCAAGGGGGAGAAGAUCAUGCUGGCCAUCAUCACCAAGAUGACCCUGACGCAGGUCUCCACCUGGUUCGCCAACGCCAGGAGGAGGCUCAAGAAGGAGAACAAGGUGACGUGGGGGAGCAGGAGCAAGGAGGACGGGGAGGACGGCCCCCUGUUCGGCAGCGGGGACGAGGCGGAGAAGAACGAAGACGAGGAGGAGAUCGACUUGGAGAGCAUCGACAUCGACAAGAUAGACGACAACGACGGGGAUCAGAGCAACGAGGACGACGACGACAAGUCCACGGAGGGGAGCAGGGACCUCAGGGGGGGCGUGGGGGUGCCCGGGGAGUUGGACAGCUUGGAGAAACGACGGGCCUUUGCUUUGCAGGCCCACGAGGCCUUUGAGAAAUCUAAGAGCGCAAUUUCAGCUCACGCGGGCGGGAAGGAGAACUCGGACGGGAACAGCAACACGCGGGUUUUAUCCCCGGACAGGCCGGGGGGCUUCCCCCUCCCCUCCAGCAAUAAACCCAAAAUAUGGUCUUUAGCAGAGACUGCCACGAGUCCAGACAGCUCAGCCCAGAAACCCACGUCCCCGUGCGGCCCGGGGGCCACCACUCACCCGUCAGCACCCCACCACCAGAUCCAGACCCACCCGGCCUUCCUCUCCAGUCACGGACUGUACACGUGCCAGAUUGGAAAGUUCCCCAACUGGACUAAUGGGGCUUUCCUGGGCCAGAACUCCCUGCUGAACGUCAGGUCCUUUCUGGGAGUAAAUCACCACCACCAUCAUCAUCAUCACUUGUCCUCCCAGCAGCAGCCGGCAGCCGUGGUCGUGUCUCCGGGAGCAGCGAGCAGCAGCGACAGCAAGACCCCAGCAGAGACCCCCAGUCCCAAACACAUAGAGCACGAGGACGGAGUGAGAGCUGACUCCCCUCCGACACACACCCUCAAGUCUUCUUUUCGUCCCAUUCAUGACAGGUCCGCUCUGCCUUCCAGCGCCAGGAGUCCCCAAGACGGCACGCAGAGGGUCCUCACGGCUCUGUCCUCGGCUUGAACAAGAUCUGCCCUCCUCCUUUUCCUUCUCAAAUCCAUCGAAAAGGAAAAAAAAAAAAAAAAAA